AUGUCUCUUAGACGUGUUAUAGGUGGAGUUGUUGGAACGGGUGCUGUUGGUUUAUACUUGUUUAAACGGAAGUCAGAAAUAUCAAAUAAUGCUCCUCUAAGCAUUUCUUCUGAUGGAGUUACAACGUUAACCGACACCAGUAAGCUAAUCGGUAACAAGCCAGCUAUUGACCCUGCUGGGUUUUUCAAGUAUGGGUUUCCAGGUCCUAUUCAUGAUUUACAAACUCACGAGGGCUUUAUUUCGUGUUAUGAUAGGCGGAUGAGGAACCCGUAUUGGGUGGUUGAACAUAUAACGGCGGAAUCUCUAGCAGCCAAUAAUGCUGCUCGGAAGAAGUCGUUCUUUAAAGAAGAUGAUAAGAUCCCAGAUAUGUUUAAGGCGCGCCUAAGGGACUAUUUCAGAUCUGGAUAUGACAGGGGGCACUUGGUGCCGGCGGCAGAUGCGAAAUACUCGCAGACUGCGAUGGAUGAGACAUUCUACUUGACAAAUAUGUGUCCACAAGUGGGAGAUGGGUUUAACAGGGACUAUUGGGCACGCUUGGAGCAGUAUUGUCGUCGUAUGGCUAACAAGUACAAGAGUGUGCGUAUUGUGACUGGUCCUCUCUACUUACCCAAAAAGUGUCCAGAUGGGAAGUAUAGAGUUACAUACGAGAUGAUUGGAAACCCACCUAAUAUUGCAGUUCCAACACACUUUUUCAAGUUGUUGGUAGCGGAGGGUGAUUCUGUGUAUGUUUCUGCAUUUGUUUUGCCUAAUGAGCCAAUACCAGACUCCACGAAGCUGUCCGAGUUCCAAGUGCCAGUAAAUGCAUUAGAACGCGCAACAGGGUUGCAGUUUUUGCAUAAAACCUCGUAUAAGACACUUCCAGUUGAUGAAAGUGUAAUGAACGCAAUCGCUAUAGAACAAAUGCAAUAUAAGAAGCUGGCCUGA